AUGACCCUACCAAAGUUCACCAACCCCCCACCGCCCACCCAGCACCGUCUCCUCAUUUUCCCAACACCGGAAAUCCCACUGGUAACACUCAACCGGCCUGAAUCGCUCAAUUGCGUGAACUCGCACGGCCAUGCGGAACUGCACGCGGUGUGGGAGUGGAUGGAUGCAGAGCCGUUGUUAAGAGUGGGUAUCAUUACGGAUGGAAUGGUAAAAACUCCCAAUCAUCCGGGCACCGAGUACUACGCCCGUCAGGCUUCGUUGGCCUAUCCCGCGCGGGGCGAAAUUCACGUUGCCGGAAGUCAAGUGCGGUGUCAUUGCUUUGGUGGGUGGGAUGAUGAGGUUGUUGCGGACGGUGGGGAAGAAAUGGGUGAUGGAGGUGGUGUUGCUGGGGAGGGUGGUGCGGUGGAAUAUAGGAAUGUGUUCAAAACUCGAAUAGGGUAUACGACGUAA